AAGUGGUUUUUGAGUCCAAAGAUCAGGGCUGGGUUGACCUGAAUACUGGAUACAGGGCAUAUAAAACAGGGGCAAGGCACAGACUGAUAGCAGAGCAAUCACCACCAAGCCUGGAAUAACUGCAAGGGCUCUGCUGACGUCUUCCUGAGGUGCCAAGGGAAACGAGGAUGGAGGAAGGAAUGAAUGUUCUCCAUGACUUUGGGAUCCAGUCAACACACUACCUCCAGGUGAAUUACCAAGACUCCCAGGACUGGUUCAUCUUGGUGUCCGUGAUUGCAGACCUCAGGAAUGCCUUCUACGUCCUCUUCCCCAUCUGGUUCCAUCUUCAGGAAGUUGUGGGCAUUAAACUCCUCUGGGUAGCGGUGAUUGGAGACUGGCUCAACCUCGUCUUUAAGUGGAUUCUCUUUGGACAGCGUCCAUACUGGUGGGUUUUGGACACCAACUACUACGGCAACACUUCUGUGCCCCUGAUAAAGCAGUUCCCUGUCACCUGUGAGACUGGACCAGGGAGCCCCUCUGGCCAUGCCAUGGGUACAGCAGGUGUAUACUACGUGAUGGUCACAUCUACUCUUUCCAUCUUUCGGGGAAAGAAAAAGCCGACCUACAGAUUUCGGUGCUUGAAUGUCAUUUUGUGGUUGGGAUUCUGGGCUGUGCAGCUGAACGUCUGUCUGUCACGAAUCUACCUUGCUGCUCAUUUUCCUCAUCAAGUUGUUGCUGGAGUCCUGUCAGGCAUUGCUGUUGCAGAAACUUUCAGCCACAUCCACAGCAUCUAUAAUGCCAGUCUCAAGAAAUAUUUUCUCAUUACCUUCUUCCUGUUCAGCUUCGCCAUCGGAUUUUAUCUGCUGCUUAAGGGACUGGGUGUAGACCUCCUAUGGACUCUGGAGAAAGCCCAGAGGUGGUGCGAGCGGCCAGAAUGGGUCCACAUUGACACCACACCCUUUGCCAGCCUCCUCAAGAACCUGGGCACCCUCUUUGGCCUGGGGCUGGCUCUCAACUCCAGCAUGUACAGGGAAAGCUGCAAGGGGAAACUCGGCAAGUGGCUCCCAUUCCGCCUCAGCUCUAUUGUAGCCUCCCUCGUCCUCCUGCACCUCUUUGACUCCUUGAAACCCCCGUCCCAAGUCGAGCUGGUCUUCUACGUCUUGUCCUUCUGCAAGAGUGCGGUAGUGCCCCUGGCAUCCGUCAGUGUCAUCCCCUACUGCCUCGCCCAGGUCCUGGGCCAGCCACACAAGAAGUCAUUGUAAGGGAUGCGGAGUCUUCAGUAUUUCAAGUCAACAACUGUGCCAGGGAUUGAGGGGGACUAGUAUUUGAAGCAAUGGGUGCUGGUAUUUGGAGCAAGUGACAUGCCAUCCAUUCUGCCAUUGUGAAAUUAAAUCACAGAUGGCAGAUUGGAGGGUCGCCUGGCUUAUUCCUAUGUGUGACUCCAGCCUGCCCUCAGCGUAGACUCUCUCAGAUGGAGGUGCCAUAUCACAUACACCCUCCCAGCAUAAGCAAGUUUCCUGCUAGGAGGUCCUCCUCUCUCUACUUGAAUACUCUCACAGGUAGGGAGCUCACUCCCACUGGAACAGCCCAUUUUAUCUUUGAAUGGUCUUCUGCCAGCCCAUUUUGAGGCCGGAGGUGCUGCCAGCUCAGGUGGUCCUCUUUUACAAUCCUAAUCAUAUUGGGUGACGUUUUUGAAAAGCUAAUGAAAAGCUAUUGAGAAAGACCUGAUGCUAGAAGUUGGGUUGUUCUGGAUUUUCCCCUGAAGACUGACUUACUUGUUCUUCUGUCAGAUAUACAAAAGUAAGACUUCCAGGUAGGGUCAGAUCACAAGCCCAGGCUGGAGAUCCUAACUGAGAAUUUUCUACCUGUGUUCAUCCUUACCAAGAAAAGGAGAAAGGAGCUCUGAAUCUGAUAAGAAAAAAAGGCUACAUAAGGAGGAGUUUUUAGUAUGUAGCGUAUCAUGCAAGUGCUAUGCCAAGCCAUGUCUAAAUGGCUUUAAUUAUAUAAUAAUGCACUCUCAGUAAUGGGGGACCAGCGUGAGUAUAAUUAAUAGGUGGUUAGUGGGGUAAUUCUGCUUCUAGUAUUUUUUUACUGUGCAUACACGGUCUUUGUAUUUCCUCGGAUUUCUGAAUGGCUGCAGUGACCCAGAUAUUGCACUAGGUCCGAACAUUCAGGUAUAGCUGACAUCUCCUCUAUCACAUUACAUCAUCCUCCUUAUAACCCCCAGCUCUGCUUUUUCCGGAUUUUUCCACUGGCUCCACAUCCACCCCACUGGAUCUUCAGAUGGCUAGAGGGCAACUCUGGUGGUGCUUUUGUAUGUUUCAAUUAGGCUCUGAAAUCUUGGGCAGAAUGACAAAGGUAGGGCCAGGAUUUCUCUCUCAGAGGUCACUCCAGUGUUUCUUUUGAUUCCCAGAGGGUAAAUAUGACUCCUUUCUCUAUCCCAAGCCAACCAAGAGCACAUUCUUAAAGGAAAAGUCAACGCUUUCUCUAUUUUUUUUUUUUUUGAGACAGGGUCUCACUACAUUGCCCAGGCUGCUCUUGAAUUCCUGGGCUCAAGCAAUCCUCCCACCAUACCGCAGCCUCCUGCAUAGCUGGGACUACAGGUGCAAGCCACUAUGUCCAGCUAGCCAUCCUUGCCUGUUUUUCUUUUCUUUUCUUUUGAGACGGAGUCUUACUCUAUCACCCAGGCUGGAGUGCAGUGGCACGAUCUUGGCUCACUGCAACCUCUUCCUCCUGGUUCAAGCAAUUCUCAUGUCUCAGCCUCCUCAGUAGCUAGGACUACCGGCGUGCACCACCAUGCCAGGCUAAUUUUUAUAUUUUUAGAAGAGAUGGGAUUUCAUCAUGUUGGCCAGGCUGGUCUCAAACUCCUGACCUCAAGUGAUCCAUCUGCCUCGGCCUCCCAAGGUGCUAUGAUUACAGGCAUGAGCCACUGCGCCCGGCCCUCCUUGCCUGUUUUUCAGUCUCAGCUGAUUUGCAGAGUAUUUCUUCCCCACACCGCCCCCCACCAAAAAAAAAGCUGAAGCCUAUUUAUUUGAAAGUCCUUGUUUUUGCUACUAAUUAUAUAGUAUACAAUACAUUAUCAUUCAAAACAACCAUCCUGCUUAUAACAUCUUUGAAAAGAAAAAUAUAUAUGUGCAGUAUUUUAUUAAAGCAACAUUUUAUUUAA